GCCGGGAGAUUCCAGGAGCGACAACCAAGAACCGCUGACGAUGUCUGAGCUGGAGAAGGCCAUGGUGGCCCUCAUUGACGUCUUCCAUCAAUAUUCUGGAAGGGAAGGUGACAAGCACAAGCUGAAGAAGUCCGAACUCAAGGAGCUCAUCAACAAUGAGCUUUCCCACUUUCUAGAGGAAAUCAAAGAGCAGGAGGUUGUGGACAAAGUCAUGGAAACACUGGACAGCGAUGGAGAUGGUGAAUGCGACUUCCAGGAAUUUAUGGCUUUUGUUGCCAUGGUUACCACUGCCUGCCAUGAGUUCUUUGAACACGAAUGAACUAGAGAAAGCAGCCGGGCUGUUCCUGUAAGAGAUGGAGGUCGGGCAGGGAAGCCAAGGCAGGGCUUGCAGGGUAGUAGGGGCUGAGCUUUCCAGCUGUGUCGUAGCUAAUUAGGCAGCUUGAUUUGCUUCGCGAAUGAAAAAUUGAAACCUCUUUCCAAAGGGCUGUUUUUAGUGGCCCCCAGCAUUAUUUCAGCGCUAUUAGGCAUCCGUGUUAGCUGACUGGCCCCAGGGACUCUUGGUAAUCACUUAGGAAAGUCAAUCCUCAGUCACAAAGCAUGUGCUGUACUGGCUAUCCUGGCUGUGUAGACCCCCUAACCCAGAAAAAACAAACUGAUUACCAGAAAUGGCUGGAGCACUGUGGUUUCCGUGAGCUUCCACUACAUUUAAAAACACAAAGCUUUGUCCACCAGCCUUUGAAGAGGCUGCCCUUCAUUACAUCUGCUCAUCACUGGGGCAAAUGAAGCCGAAUGUGGUUGGGUGGCCUGACAGUCUGUCCCACCUACCAAAGAGCAUGGUCACGUUUAGAGCCCUUUCCUACAGGUGGCUGUGAUGACUGAGUGAGUAGUUAAUGCUAACAGUUCUAAAUGGAAAAUCUCUUUCAUAAGCCAACAAGUACUGACAUUGUAACUGUAAUCAGAACUGAGAAUCAAGCUUCUACAUUCAGUGGGGUUCUCCUGACAGGAUCACGCUUUGCUGGAUCUA